UUGAAACGUAAACAUUCUACCACGCUCGGAUUCAGCAGCUUUCGCAGUAGUAGGCUGGGAACAGGCUGGUGGUCACAGUCCUUGCUAGUAAAACAACGCGCUUCCCUUACAUCAUCCCCAUUUGAGCCCUCGGUGAAAUCCGAAUCCUUCCACGUUUAUUCAUCAUUUUCCGGAAGACACGAUACCUGCACACGCGGUGGUGAGUACUGAAAAGUACCACACGCACACUACUUUGGUCACCCAUUGGAAACCACUCAUUGGGCAGCCAAGAAGAGAAACGUGCCAUUGAGCGACCAAUCGAAGAUUAUGGAGUCUGGAAAACCGCAAGCGUCGACGAAUAUCUUUCCGUCCGUCCAACCAGCGGCUGCAUUUGCACCAGGGAUGAGUUCGGGUGCAGCUGUCCCAGGAUACCAGCCGCAGCUGCAACAACAACAACAACAACAACAGCAACAGAACCAGCAGCAGCAGCAGCAAUUUUACCCAAUGCAAGGCUCGGCGAUCGAUGAACGAAGUGUUGGCAAAAUAGCGAUACGUGUGCCAGCCAAGGCACGUGCUGAGCCUCCGAGGGCGCCGCAAAUGCCGAAUCGUCGUCCUUCGAUGGCGAUCGAUGAACAAUCGAUGGUAACGAUCAGCCAGGGCUGUAAUAGGAUGGAGCACGUUGCUGUCGUUACUUCGGCGGUCGGCGUGCCCCAGAUGACGAUGAUGGUGAUGUCCAAUAACUUUGGAGGUCCCGUGUUUUCGGCCCAGCAUCCCGAUUUGAAGCUGACCGCAGGAGGUAGCAUGACGGCCGUACCGAGUUUUGUCUAUCCUGUCACACGUGAAGGACAUCACAGUAAGCAUCACUGCCGCAUGUCCAACGUGAAAGGGUAG